AUGAGUAGGAGCAGUCCCUCCGAAGUGGUGGAUGGGGUGCCCGUUUUCAGGCCCAGUUUUAAUGAAUUUCAUGAUUUUUACAGUUAUGUCCAGUCCAUUAAUCAUCAUGGUAUGCAAAGCGGGAUUGUUAAGAUCAUACCACCUCAAGAGUGGCUAGAUAUGGUGGAUUCACCACCGAGGGUGGAGAUCUUGCAGGAUAUUAAGAUCAGGAAGCCCAUUCAGCAGCACAUAGCUGGUGCCCAGGGUGUCUUUAUGGUUCAAAAUGUUGAGAAGAAUAAAGUUUACAAUAUAAUUCAGUGGAAGGAUCUUUCGCGUGAUUACGCCCUUCCGGAUUCUCAUAACGGGGACAAAGAAGCUCGAGUACCUUCUCCACCGAUUAAGUCGUCGAAGAUUAAGUUGAAGAAACAUGAUGAUUUCACAGAGGAGAGUUUCCAGGAAUUCAAAGAUAACUACAAUGCAGAGAAUCUGGACCAGUUUGAUGAUCCGAAGAGGCUGGAAUUCUUGGAGUCGUACUAUUGGAAGACUCUUAAUUUUACUACACCCAUGUAUGGUGCUGAUACGUUGGGUUCUGUCUUUUCACAAGAUUUAAAAAUUUGGAACGUUUCAAAACUUCCAAAUUUACUCGAUGAGAUGGAGCAAAAAUUACCUGGUGUAAAUAACUCCUAUCUUUAUGCGGGUCUUUGGAAGGCAUCUUAUGCCUGGCAUUUAGAAGAUCAGGAUCUUUACUCUAUCAAUUACAUUCAUUUUGGAGCUCCCAAACAAUGGUACUCAAUCCCUCAGGAGGAUCACGAGAAAUUUUAUAAAUUCAUGAAGGACCAAUUCCCAUUGGACGCUUCCAAGUGUUCGGAGUUUUUAAGACAUAAGAUGUAUUUGGUUUCUCCAAAACUCCUACGGAAGAAUGGGAUACGAUGCAACAAGAUUGUCCAUCGGCAAAGAGAAUUCAUCAUAACUUUCCCAUACGGAUACCAUGCUGGGUUCAAUUAUGGGUACAACUUGGCCGAGUCCGUUAACUUUGCAUUGGAAGAGUGGGUACCUAUCGGCAAGAGAGCAGGGAAAUGUUUAUGUAUUGAUGACGCUGUGGGAAUAGAUGUAGACAAGCUGGCCAAUAAAUGGAACGCAAACAAAAAAGACGUCUCCAGACCUGUGUCACAAGUCUCCGAUGCUAGUGAGCAGGAGAAUAGAUUGAAAAGCUUCGGGGAAUUGCUGAAUCACAGUUCACAAGAGCUGCAACAGAUGGAAGAGAACAAAUCCUUGCCAUCGCUGAAUCCAGGGAUCAAUAGAACUCAAAGUAGUUCAAUUAGAUCCACAACACCAAACUCAGGUCAAUACUUUAACAUGAAUCAAACAAUCAGCAGGAUAUCGUCUCCACUACUCUCAAGGAUGAUGGACCUCUCAAAUAUCGUAGAGCCGACUUUAGAAGAUCCCACUUUGAAAUUCAAGAAAAAGCUCUUGACGCCGCAACUUCCACAGAAUAUCAGUAUGAACAGCAAUACUGGCUCGCCCAACGCUAGCGCAAGAAUGACUUUACCAAGUCAUGACAGUGGUAAUAACGGGAACAGUCUAACAAUGGCGCCCAUUGGUGUCACAUCUUCGAACCCGCCUUCAGCCCUACUAGAUGAUAAUGAUGAUAAUAUGCUGGCUUUGAGUUUGGCUUCCAUGGCCAAUAGUGGCGCGUCCUCCCCAAGAUUGACGCUGCCGGCGUUGAACUCGCCAAUAGAGCAUGCGAAUGCACCAAUGGCCGUCAACUCGACGAUGCACGAGCAAGAACAUGCUCACAGCUCGGGCAUAGUAUCACCAAAACCUUCCUACAGUCACAAUCCAUUGUCUUACUAUUCAGCAUCUUCCAAAUCAGGGAACAACAAUGUGCCAUUGGCACCUUUAUCACCUACGACAUCUAAUCUUCCGUUCAUCAAGAAGUUGAAGUCUCCAAACAUCGUUACGUUGAACAUAUCAAGAGAGUCUUCAAGAAGUCCGGUUUCUUUUGCCAACGACUAUAGAUCAAAUAAUUCAUUGGCAUAUUCUUCCAGUGUCAGUUCCACAUUGAAUCAAGUUCAUACUUACAGUAGCAAUAGUAUGAGCAGUAGUGCAGGAGGCGGUUCUCCAUUACCAAAAUUACCAGAGGCCAAGAGACCCAAACUGGAAAGUAAAACGUUUUCACCUCCUAGUGCUUCAAAGAGGAAGCAAGAUUAUACUUCGACAGCUAGCCAGUCUCAGCAACCCAAGUUCACAUCAAGCGAAAUAGUCAUGUCAGAAAACGGUAAAGUUUACAUUUGUCAAGAAUGUAAAAGACAAUUCUCCUCUGGACAUCAUUUAACUAGACAUAAGAAAUCAGUGCAUUCCGGUGAAAAGCCGUAUUCUUGUCCGAAAUGUGGCAAGAAGUUCAAGAGGAGAGAUCAUGUUUUGCAACACUUGAACAAAAAAAUACCGUGCACGCAGGAGGGUGAAGGACUAUCCUCAACGCCAAAGAAGGAGGAUGGUGGGCGUAUGGAGCACCCUGGGACGGUAGUUGAUUGA